GAAUGACUGCAAUGAUCCCCCAAUUUCCCCCCCUCAAGCAUGAACUGGAGACUUAAAUAGGAUUCUGUUUCUCCACCAUGGCUGGUCCUCCUUGCUUCUAAUCUCGUCUAGUCUAGACCGACUAAGGGCCGUUAGUCUCCGUCCUCCGUCUCCGCCGGGCGUCUUCCUUCUCUCCCCCAAUUAUUCCCCCCUCCUCCUCCACCUCCUCUUCCUCCUUUCCCCUCCCCAUAACUGAUCUCUGUCCCUCUCCUCAUCCACUCAUUUUAUUGACUCAGCCCCCCUUGUCGUGCUUGGGGAGUGGUCAACCGGGAUGUUGGACCCAUUUCCGCCGCCGCCAGAAUGGCUGCGUGAAGCCGUCGAGCCCUGGGCUCUCUAUCUAAAUGUGCCGGCUGUCACCGAACAUGCUCACGAGAUCAUCAUUGCCUUCACCGGCUACCUCUUUAUCCACUUCUUCCUCUCCCCCUGGCUCUCUCCCAUACUCUUCCCACGCCAUUACCCCAAUCUAAAUCGACGGACUAAGCUCAACUGGGAUGUCCAUGUCGUAUCUUUGGUGCAGAGCACCUUCAUCAACGCCAUGGCCCUCUGGGCUAUGUGGGUGGACGAAGAGCGGUCCUCCAUGAACACUGCCGAACGAGUCUACGGCUACACAGGAGUUUGCGGAUUGGUCUCUGCAUUCGCUGCUGGCUACUUCAUCUAUGAUCUGAUCGUCAGUGCUGUCUACAUCAAGAUGUUUGGUGUCGGAAUGUUGUUCCAUGGCAUCAGUGCCCUCUGGGUGUUUAGCUUCGGAUUCAGGCCUUUCGUGAACUUCUACUCUCCAGUCUUCAUUCUCUACGAACUCUCCAGCCCCUUCCUCAACAUCCACUGGUUUCUCGACAAGGUCAACAUGACUGGCAGCAAGCUUCAAUGGUACAAUGGUAUGCUUCUGCUCUUCACCUUCUUCAGCUGCCGUCUCGUAUGGGGUACCUGGCAAUCCGUCGCCGUCUACAAAGACAUGUGGUACGCCCUCAAUCAAACCUGGGAUGCUACCGCCGUAGCGACCGCCCUCAACCAGCCCAUCGACAUCACCGCCCAGGUGUUCCAGAAUCGUGACGGCUCUCUCUGCGGUCUGAAUGAAGCCUGCGCUCAAGCUCAGCUAGAGCUCUCCAAGUAUGCCAACUACACCGCUGCCGGGACCCCAACCUGGUUGGUUCUGACCUACGUCAUCUCGAACGUGGUCCUCAACUUUCUCAACUACUUCUGGUUCUCCAAGAUGGUCGAGACCGUCCUGAAGCGCUUCCGUGGCCCCGCUGCUGGCGAGAAGGAGAAGGGUUCCAAGGGAGUCGUGACGGACUCUAAGAAGGAGGAGCAAUUCGACCGGCUGAAGGAGGAUAUCGCUCAGAAGGUCGUCCUGGAAGCGGCCUCCAAGCUGGAGCAGGAGGAAGGCAGCCCCUUCUUGGACGAUGUAUCCGAGGAGAAGCUCGCUUCCGCGGUGGAUACGGGUCUCGCCGAGGAAUUGCGGAAGAGGAAGGCUCAUGUGGCUUCAUAGACACUCCGCUCUUCUGCCCAAGAGAGCCUCAGCCCUCUCCAUUCAAACACGCCCACUAGCUGCGUUAUUUGGACUUGUGGGUGAAAUUUCCUUCCACUCCAGUACAACAAUAAGAGGUAGAGAUGCAAGAACCCCUCCAACUCAACCUCAUCUCCCUUCCACAAUAAGAGACCGUUACAUUUUUAGAUUCCUUUCUCCGCGGGACCCUGCAGGCCCAGGCCAUCGUGUUUAUGAUUCCGUCCGCGGUUGCAUUGUUGCUUAAUUAAUAAUCCCAUGCUUAUCCUUUUCGAUUCUUACAUGGUUGAGCGAG